CGUCACGACACAACCCCCAAACGGCCUGACCCCCUCCCCGACACCAAUCUCGCCGCAAUGUCCAGGGCAAGGGGCGCCGGCGGCGUCGACCAGGUCGUCAAACUCAUCGUGGGCGCCGGCCAAGCGAGUCCCAGCCCGCCGAUCGGUCCCGCGCUGGGCAGCAAGGGUGUCAAGUCGAUGGACUUUUGCAAGGAGUUCAAUGCCAGAACAGCACACAUCACGCCCGGGACGCCGAUGCCGUGUCGCGUGACCGUCCGACCCGACCGGUCCUUCAUCUUCGACCUCCGCACGCCGCAGACCUCCUGGCUGCUUCUCAACGCCGCCGGCGCACCCAAGAACAAGAAGGGCAACCCGAAGGGCGCCGAGAAGCCCGGCCACGAGACGGUCGGCACCAUCAGCCUCAAGCACGUAUACGAGAUCGCCAAGAUCAAACAGUCAGAACUGCGGCUGUCGGGGCUGUCCCUGGAGAGCCUGUGCCGAGCCAUCAUCUGGCAAGCCAAGUCUAUCGGGAUCAACAUCGUGGCAUGAUGCGACGGAUGUUUUUUGGGGUGUGAGAUGUCGGAUACUGGGCCUGGGAAUGCCGGAUUCGAUAUGGCCGUUGCCAGCGAGGCUGUCGGGGCGGCCGGUGUACACUAUGCUACAGAUACCAUCUAGAGGAGGACUGUACGAUUUUACGUCGUGGGAAGUGAUGCUUCACUGCCAUUCAAUGUUCAUAGAGGCACGAUGGUCAGGCAGUUAAGUUUGAAAGCUUCCGUGGAUGAUUGAUGCAUGCUGCAGUCGCGUUGAUGGCCUCCGCGCCCAGUCAUGUGAUCCGAGAUGGAACCUGUCGCGCAUCGGGG